AUGCAGAACCACUCGUUCCUCGGAAAGACCGUCCUGAUAACUGGCGGAUGUGGCUUCAUAGGGUCUCAUUUUGUGGAGGCCUGCCACGUUCUCGGCAUGACCGUCUACGUACUAGAUAACCUCUCAUCAGGAAAAAAUGUGUUUAAAACCACGUCUGACUGCAGCUCGUCUUUGGUGUACACCAUCGGAGAUAUCAGGGACAAAGCAAUUUUCUCCCGCCUCCCUCAGAAGAUAGACUUUGUCAUUCACCUCGCUGCAGCCGUAUCAGUUGCAGAGUCGGUUACUAAUCCCCAGAAGUACAUGUUGACAAACGUGGAGGGAAGUAGGAAUGUUUUCCAAUAUGCCGUCGAUGCCAAAGCAUCCGCUGUUCUGUCUGCGUCCACGGCUGCAUACUACGGAGAUUGUGGGAAAAGCGCUAUCACUGAGGCCUUCCCAUAUGGAGGGAUCUCUCCAUACGCAGAAUCUAAAAUGGAAAUGGAGAGACUUGGGGCCGAGUUCCAGAAGACCUCGCGCUGCAGAUUCAUCUUCUGCCGAUUCUUCAAUGUGUAUGGGCCGCGUCAGGACCCAUCGUCGCCCUACACUGGAGUGAUGUCCAUCUUUAUGGACAGGUGUGCAGCAAGGAAGCCGAUAACCAUCUUCGGAACUGGGGAGCAGACCCGUGACUUUGUGUUCAUCAAAGACCUCAUUGUCGCCGCCAUAAACCUGCUUGGUCAGCUAGACAAGUUCCCUAUUGGAGCGGACGCUGUCCAACAGAACGACCCCGAGGAGGUCCAACGCAGUGCAUAUACUGGCGAAGGCGUAUACCCGACUGUUUUCAAUAUAGGCUCUGGGAUAUCGAUAUCGGUCAACGAGCUCGCAGAGUUGGCAAAGAUUGUGAGCGGGAGACACGAGGUGGAGAUUGUGCACGGGGAGCCUCGCAGUGGGGAUAUCCUCCAUUCCCUCUCUGACUGUACCCGUAUCCGCAAUGCCACAGGAUGGUCAGCUAGCACGACCCUGCGCGUUGGCAUGUCUGAAACAUGGGGAUGGGCAGCGGGUGAGAUCUCCUAUCUGUCUGGGGACCUCGUCAGAGUGUUGGAAAAUGAGCUUAAGAUCGAUGGAGUCCCGGUGGCCAAAAGCCUCUGUGGAAAGGAUGCGGAUGUCAAGGAGAUUGGUCUAUAG